CUCGGGCUCACGUGUGUUUCAACUGUGUGUGGCGUAAAUUCCGGUCACGUGCUGCUCGUUUUCCGGCCGGCUGUGUGGUCCUGCUGCUGCUGAUUCUGCUGUGACGUGCUUUGCUGGAGCAGUAGUCAUGGCGAUGCGACAGACUCCUCUCACCUGUUCUGGACACACAAGGCCCGUGGUGGAUUUGGCGUUUAGCCGCAUUACGCCCUAUGGCUACUUCCUCAUAAGUGCCUGCAAAGAUGGGAAGCCGAUGCUUCGUCAGGGAGACACUGGGGACUGGAUCGGUACGUUUCUGGGUCACAAAGGGGCUGUCUGGGGAGCCACGCUGAACAACAAUGCCACGAAAGCAGCAACGGCCGCCGCUGACUUCACAGCCAAAGUCUGGGACGCCGUGACGGGCGAUGAGCUCCUGACUCUGGCGCAUAAACACAUCGUGAAAAGCGUGGACUUCACAGAGGACAGCAAUAACUUACUGACCGGCGGCCAGGAUAAACUGCUGCGCAUUUACGACAUGAACAAACCCGAAGCAGAUCCUGAAGAGAUCGGCGGCCAUACUUCUGCCAUCAAGAAGGCUCUGUGGUACAAUAACGACAGGCAGAUUAUCUCAGCAGCAGACGAUAAAACUGUUCGCCUUUGGGACCGCGUGAGUAAGACGGAGGUGAACAUGCUGCAGUUUGGGCUGUCUGUCAGCAGCAUGGAGUACAUUCCUGACGGAGAGACCCUGCUCAUCACCUAUGGGAGAACCAUUGCUGUCUAUAAUGCCACCAGUCUGGAACUCGUGAAAUCGUUCGAAGCCCCUGCUCCGAUUAACUCAGCCUCACUGCAUCCAGAUAAAGAAUGCAUCGUGGCCGGAGGAGACGACUUCAAGCUGUAUAAAUACGACUACAGCACUGGAGAGGAGCUUGAAUCGUAUAAGGGGCACUUUGGUCCCGUCCACUGCGUGCGCUUCAGUCCAGAUGGAGAGCUUUACGCCAGCGGCUCGGAGGAUGGCACGCUACGCCUCUGGCAGACGGCUGUCGGGAAGACCUAUGGCCUCUGGAAGUGCGUCCUUCCAGAGGAGCUGGUUUCCGAGAAUUCAGACGGCAUUUACGGUUCCACCCCUGAGAUUAAAGCCUGAGCGCGGCGGCGCUUCUCCUGACAUCAUGGAAACCACAGACGUUUCAACUACGCAAAUGUCAAGAUACUGAAGCCUUUCAGGGUGUCCUCUGCAUGAGGCAAACGGGCAGCGUCUGCCGGCAAUCUGACACGGAGAAGAGUACGUGUCGCCUGGAAGUACCACGAAUCCCGCCACGCCGUCUGUGCGAUGUGUGAAGUCAGCCGUCAUCAUCACUUGUCCUUUUCCUGGUCUGGGAGGAGAAAGCUGGGGUUUGCUAAUGGUUUGGAGAGGGACGAUCAUUCUCUAUUAUGUUUUCGGUGGGAGGCUGUGGUGGUAUAAUUAUUGGGUCUUGGCGUUUCCUUUUGUUCCAUCGCCUCCCUAUUUCUCGACAUCGCUCGUAUUUUCAGUCGUAUAAAUAAAAGUUCUGUGAAUUUAAA